UCUCAUGCUCUGUUCCACACUCUUUCCUCCUUCAUUCUUCAUUAAUAUCAUCACCACCACCACAGUACCAAACGACAAACUCAAACAUGUGAUUUUCACUGCUACAUUGUCGUUGCAAAAAAAAACCAAGCUUCGUUGCUCUUUUUCCCCCUACAAUUUCUGCCAUUUCAGAGCAUAUAAUCUGUCUCUUUCUUAGUAAAACUUUACUGUUCUUUGACCGUCAUUUUUACGUUUUCCUUAACACAUGGAAUUUCAAAACCGAGCUUCUAACUUUGCCAUUCUUUCAGAUCCCUGGAACAUGAAUACCAAUGGGUUGGCUCAAGAAGAAAGGUCAAAGCCUCCAGUUGGGUUAAAUCUUGAGCUUGGAUGUGGGUCUGAUCCGAAACGUGACAGCAUAAAAUGCUCUGCUUUCACUUUUCUUCAACUACAAGAGCUUCAGCUUCAAUCCCUUAUCUACAAGUACAUGGAAGCUGGUCUUCCUGUUCCUUAUCAUCUUGUUCUUCCGAUAUGGAAGAGCUGUUCUGGCUCACUUGGUAUUCUCAACGGUGGGAUGCCUCCAAAUCAUCCCUGUUGUUUGGGAAUUAGUCCUUUGUAUUUAGAUUCAAAGAAAGCAAUGGAUGCAGAACCAUGGAGAUGUAGAAGAACAGAUGGGAAAAAAUGGAGAUGUAGCAAAGAAGCACUACCAGAUCAGAAGUACUGUGAGAGGCACGUACACAGAGGUCGUCACCGUUCAAGAAGUGUUUCACAACGUACUACUCCAAACACAGCAACUGCUGGGGGUGUUUUUGGGUCAAACACCAACAUCUCCAUUGCUCUGCCACUGAGCAGGCCUAACACAACCAAUACUAUUCUCUUCCCAAGGUUAGGUUUCAUUACCAAGGGUGUUAACCAUGCCGAUACUAGAAAAACUGAACCUUUCUCGUAAUUCUACUCAACUGUUUUCUUUUUUUUUUCUCUCCCAAUAUUUUUGGAGAUUCUGUGGUUUGUAAGACAACAUUUUGGGCUAUAAUUUCUAAAAACGUACCCUGUUUUCUCUGUACUCUGUUUCUAGGACGAAAAGGGUUUAUGAAACUUGAUUUUGUUGAGUAAUUUACUAACUAUUGUAAGCAAGGGAAACAGAUAAUUGCUAUCGGAAAGAUAUUUUAAUGUCUGGUGAAGAAAAGAGAACUUCAUGGGGCUCCACCAUUGAAAAUGGACACUUUUUUGGUUUCAUUUAUGAAUUUGGUUCCUCUCGUUCAGUUUGUUUAA